AUUUGCAACUCCAGCACGGUCACACUCGAUUGCACUGUGUUUGUGUGUUUCAUAACAGGUUUAGCAACGCGGCGCAGUUGUUUUUUUGGCCAAUACUUCCCUGCACCUGUUGCUCCUCGCCAAUUUGUUUUCAGUGCAAACCUGCGUUUGGCCUUUUUUAUGCCCUUUCGUUGUACGUUUCCACUGCCCCGAAUUAAUUGCGUCGAAACAUCACCAAGAUGGGCAACACGAGUUCCAAGGGCGAGUCGGACGCCAGCGAGCCACCCCUGGAUACGGGAAAGGCGCACAAGCAGCAGCAUCAGCAGCACAAGUCCAGCGAUGCCUCCCACAACGGAGUCUCUGACGUGGGCGGCAGCCACAAUAGCCUAAAGGUGACGCAGGCGCAGGGCUCAAUGACCAGGUCGGCAUCUGGAGCGGAUGUCACCGAGAAGUACCUCACCCAGCUGGUGCCAGUGGAGAAGCUGGCUGAGAUUCUCAGGGAGCAGACGUCGUCCAAAUUGGGCAUUAAUGGCAUUGUGGCAGAUGUCUUUGUGUCACAAGUCUUUCCGCAGUACGCCGACCUGGGACAUCGGCUGUUUAAUCUGAUGCACUCCAACUCUAAGGCCACAACGAAACAUCUGGGCGCCGUAGCUUUCCGGCAGCAAUGCGAACGCUUUUUGGGCAUCAUGGAUGACGCGAAGACGCUGGAGUGCUACAUCAAGAUGUACGCCCAGGAGGAGAAUCCGGACCUAAUUGACAAGACGGGAGUGACGCGAUUGCUCCACAUCUGCUACACCAUUGCCAUGCAGCACUCGGGCAACGCUGUGCUGUGCCCUGCCAUCAACCGCACGUUCGGUUCGGUGACCAAGUCCAUUUUCCUGUGCCACGACAGUAUGAGUCUUGGCUACGUUUGCCGCUGGUUCGAGCAGAACCUAAUGCGGUUGGUGCUCCUCGUGCAUAAGUACUGUGUGCACACUUUGUCAACCGCUUAUCGUGGACUAGAGCAGCAGAACCAGUCCUGUGGCAUUGAGCUGCAGACUCCGGUGCUGGAGCAGCGCAAUCCCUUCACAGACACCACCGACUACAGUGGUGGUGGCGGAAGGGACGAGGACUCGCUGAUGCCGCUCUCGCAAGCCUGGCUGCUAGCUGGAGCUUUGCCGCCUCUGUACUCCAAGCCCCAAACUGUAACUCCGCCGGCAACGAAGGGAAACAACAACGUCAGCGCCUCCACAGCGGUACAGAUUUUUAAGGACAAGCUGUCGAUGAUGCCUUCACACUGGACACUGCUGUACAACUCCAAUGAGCACGGCGUGGGAGCCAACCGGUUUCUGCACCACGUCCUCGGCUACCGGGGUCCAACACUGGUCCUGCUCCACACCAAGGAUGGACAGACAUAUUGCGUGGCCUCGCCCAGUGAAUGGAAGGAAACGCACCUGUUCGUGGGCGGCGAGGGCAGCUGUGUUAUCCAGCUUCUGCCCAAGUUUGUGAUGCUGGAAAAAAAGCCCAAUAUUCUUUACCUUAACACCAGCAUACGCGGCUAUCCAAAGGGAUUACGUGCCGGCGCUGAUCCGCGAAAACCCAUUAUAGCAGUCGACGAGCAUUUCGAGAACAUAGACUGCAAGGGACUGGCGGCAGGACUUAUGUCCAUAGAGGUGUGGGGCUGCGGCGACAAAACAUCACGCGAAGUGCAAUUGGACAUCAAGAAGUGGCAGAUCAAGGAGGCCGAGCGACAGCGGACAGUGAAGCUCACGGCCGCCGACUGGAUGGACCAUCCGGAUCGAUAUCUCCUCGAGCUGGGCGGCAGGCAGAACUUCAACAACUGAUCGCAGCUGCUGCACGUAUAUGUAUUCUAAAAGCAAUCGGAAGCCAUUCGUUUUGAGGGGCAUGCCACGUCGAAAUUUACUGGGAUUUGCUAUAGUUAUGCACUCGCAGCACGAGAAGUAAUCACUGGACUGAAUUUGUUUUUAAUUGAUGUUGAUUGAUAUUCGGUUUACUUGUUUCUUUCUAUUAUCAGUGUUUAGUAUUCGAUUUGAUUUAUGUUCGUAACGUGAAUUCCGUGAAUGCCUUUAAAUGUACUUCGGUCUACUGUGUAUCCAUGUAAAGUCAGACAUUGUCUCCGUUUUCGUCAAUUAAUUCCUUUAAGUUUUCUGUUUUGUUCUGUACCCUUGUUCAAAUGUAAAAAGCAAGUAUUAUAAAAAGACAUAGGAUUCGAAGUGCUUAAACAAAUAUUUAAAUAAAUGUUACAAAUAAAAUGAA